GGACCCGGCUGGGCUCUUGCCUCCCUCUCUCUCCUCUCUGAUUUUCCCCGAGUCCACAGCCCGGGGGGGGGGUCCCCCUCCGUGUGGACAUGGCGGGUGCGGGGCCGGGGGGCUACGCGGCCGAGUUCGUGCCGCCCCCGGAGUGCCCGGUCUUCGAGCCCAGUUGGGAGGAGUUCACCGACCCUCUCAGCUUCAUCGGCCGGAUCCGGCCCCUGGCCGAGAAAACUGGCAUUUGCAAGAUCCGACCUCCCAAGGAUUGGCAGCCUCCAUUUGCAUGUGAAGUAAAAAGCUUUCGUUUUACUCCUCGAGUGCAACGUUUAAAUGAACUUGAGGCAAUGACCAGAGUGAGGCUGGACUUCUUGGAUCAGCUAGCAAAAUUCUGGGAACUUCAGGGAUCUACUCUGAAAAUUCCUGUGGUGGAGAGAAAAAUUCUUGAUCUGUAUGCUUUAAGCAAGAUUGUUGCCAGCAAAGGAGGCUUUGAAAUGGUCACGAAAGAGAAGAAGUGGUCUAAAGUGGGUAGUCGAUUAGGCUAUCUGCCAGGGAAAGGAACUGGGUCUCUGUUGAAGUCUCAUUAUGAAAGAAUCCUUUACCCUUACGAGCUUUUCCAGUCUGGAGUCAGCCUUAUGGGUGUCCAAAUGCCAAACUUGGAUAUUAAGGAAAAAGUGGAGGUUGAGGUCCUCAGCACUGAUGCCCAGGCUUCCCCGGAACAAGGCACAAGAAUGAAUAUUUUACCAAAGAGAACCAGACGUAUAAAAUCUCAGGCAGAGACCGGAGAAGUAAGUAGAAACACUGAAUUGAAGAAACUUCAGAUCUUUGGAGCUGGGCCUAAGAUGAUGGGCCUGGCAAUAGGAGCAAAGGAUAAAGAAGAUGAGGUUUCUCGAAGACGCAAAGGUACGAGGUCAGAAGCAUUUAGUAUGCAAAUGAGACAACGAAAAGGGACUCUUUCUGUUAACUUUGUGGAUCUUUAUGUUUGUAUGUUUUGUGGUCGAGGAAACAACGAAGACAAGUUGCUUUUGUGUGAUGGAUGUGAUGACAGCUACCAUACAUUUUGCUUGAUUCCCCCUCUACCUGAUGUGCCCAAAGGAGACUGGAGGUGUCCUAAAUGUGUUGCUGAGGAAUGUAACAAACCUCGAGAGGCCUUUGGGUUUGAGCAAGCAGUCCGAGAGUAUACCCUCCAGAGCUUUGGAGAGAUGGCAGAUAACUUUAAAUCAGAUUACUUCAACAUGCCAGUCCAUAUGGUGCCCACAGAACUGGUAGAGAAGGAAUUCUGGAGACUGGUGAGCACCAUUGAAGAAGAUGUCAUUGUGGAGUAUGGAGCUGAUAUCUCUUCAAAGGAUUUUGGAAGUGGGUUUCCUGUAAAGGAUGGUCGGAGAAAGAUGAUGCCAGAAGAGGAGGAGUAUGCCCUUUCUGGCUGGAACCUGAAUAACAUGCCUGUGCUGGAACAGUCUGUCCUUGCACAUAUCAACGUGGAUAUCUCUGGUAUGAAGGUGCCUUGGCUCUAUGUGGGCAUGUGCUUCUCUUCAUUUUGCUGGCACAUUGAGGAUCACUGGAGCUAUUCUAUCAACUAUCUGCACUGGGGGGAGCCAAAGACAUGGUAUGGUGUCCCAUCUCAUGCUGCAGAACAACUGGAGGAAGUGAUGAGGGAGCUGGCCCCUGAACUGUUCGAGUCCCAGCCUGAUCUCCUGCAUCAGUUAGUCACCAUCAUGAACCCCAAUGUACUGAUGGAACACGGCGUGCCUGUAUUCAGGACCAAUCAGUGUGCAGGAGAGUUUGUCGUGACAUUUCCUCGUGCCUAUCACUCUGGAUUUAACCAGGGCUACAAUUUCGCUGAAGCUGUGAACUUCUGCACUGCUGACUGGCUGCCUAUUGGACGUCAGUGUGUGAAUCAUUAUCGACGACUAAGGCGUCACUGUGUGUUCUCACAUGAGGAACUUAUCUUCAAGAUGGCUGCAGAUCCAGAAUGUCUUGAUGUAGGGCUUGCUGCUAUGGUCUGCAAAGAAAUGACCCUUAUGACUGAAGAGGAGACACGACUGAGGGAAUCUGUUGUACAAAUGGGUGUACUGUUAUCUGAAGAAGAGGUGUUUGAACUUGUUCCUGAUGAUGAGCGACAGUGUUCAGCUUGCAGAACUACAUGCUUUCUCUCUGCUCUUACUUGUUCCUGCAACCCUGAUCGGCUUGUGUGUCUCUACCAUCCUGCUGACUUAUGCCCUUGUCCUAUGCAGAAGAAAUGUCUUAGGUACCGGUAUCCAUUGGAAGACCUUCCUUCUCUCUUGUAUGGUGUUAAAGUCAGAGCACAGUCCUAUGACACUUGGGUCAGUCGAGUUACAGAGGCAUUGUCUGCAAGCCUCAACCACAAGAAAGAUGUGAUCGAAUUGAGAGUGAUGUUGGAAGAUGCUGAAGAUAGGAAGUAUCCAGAGAAUGAUCUCUUUAGAAAACUCAGGGAUGCUGUGAAGGAAGCAGAGACUUGUGCUUCAGUGGCUCAGCUACUUUUGAGCAAAAAACAAAAACACAGCAGACAGAGCCCAGAGAGUGGGAAGACUCGGACCAAAUUGACUAUGGAAGAACUAAAGGCCUUUGUCCAGCAACUUUUUAGCCUUCCAUGUGUUAUCAGCCAGGCUCGACAAGUCAAGAAUUUGCUGGAUGAUGUGGAAGAAUUUCAUGAACGUGCUCAAGAGGCUAUGAUGGAUGAAACCCCAGACUCUUCCAAACUUCAGAUAUUGAUAGACAUGGGUUCUAGUCUCUAUGUAGAAUUACCUGAGCUGCCCCGGCUGAAGCAAGAGCUGCAACAGGCUCGAUGGCUGGAUGAAGUGAGGCUGACACUUUCAGAUCCACAGCGUGUCACUUUGGAUGUCAUGAAGAAGCUAAUAGACUCCGGGGUGGGGUUGGCACCUCAUCAUGCUGUGGAGAAAGCUAUGGCUGAGCUUCAGGAGCUCCUUACAGUCUCUGAGAGAUGGGAAGAGAAGGCCAAGGUUUGCUUACAGGCUAGACCUCGCCACAGCAUGUCAAGCCUAGAGAGUAUUGUGAAUGAAGCCAAGAAUAUCCCAGCCUUUCUACCCAAUGUUUUAGCCCUGAGAGAAGCCUUGCAAAGAGCUAGAGAAUGGACGGCUAAAGUAGAAGCUAUUCAAAGUGGCAGCAACUAUGCUUACCUUGAGCAGCUGGAAAGCUUGUCUGCCAAGGGACGGCCUAUCCCAGUACGACUUGAUGCAUUGCCCCAAGUGGAGUCACAGGUAGCAGCAGCACGGGCAUGGAGAGAACGUACAGGAAGAACUUUUCUUAAGAAAAAUUCUAGCCAUACACUGUUACAGGUACUAAGUCCUCGGACUGAUAUUGGUGUUUAUGGAAGCAGCAAGAACCGAAGAAAAAAAGUAAAAGAACUAAUGGAAAAGGAGAAAGAAAAAGAUCUUGACCUUGAUCCUCUGAGUGAUCUGGAGGAGGGGUUAGAGGAAACUAGAGAUACAGCAGUGGUGGUGGCAGUAUUCAAAGAUCGGGAGCAGAAAGAAAUUGAAGCCAUGCAUUCCCUCAGGGCAGCUAAUUUAGCUAAGAUCACCAUGGUGGAUCGGUUUGAAGAUGUGAAAUUCUGUAUCUGCCGCAAGACAGCAAGUGGGUUUAUGCUUCAGUGUGAGCUCUGCAAAGACUGGUUCCAUAGCAGCUGUGUACCCCUUCCCAAAACAAGCUCCCAGAAAAAGGGAUCCAGCUGGCAGGCCAAAGAAGUAAAAUUUUUGUGCCCUCUCUGUAUGCGCUCCCGAAGGCCCCGCCUAGAGACCAUCCUAUCUCUCCUAGUAUCCCUGCAGAAGUUGCCUGUGCGACUGCCUGAAGGAGAAGCCCUCCAAUGCCUGACAGAACGUGCCAUGAGUUGGCAAGACAGAGCAAGGCAGGCACUGGCCACAGAUGAACUGUCAUCUGCUCUGGCCAAACUUUCUGUGUUAAGCCAGCGUAUGGUGGAGCAGGCUGCCCGAGAGAAAACUGAAAAGAUUAUCAGUGCAGAACUCCAGAAAGCAGCAGCCAACCCUGACCUACAGGGACACCUUCCUGGUUUCCAGCAGUCUGCUUUUAAUCGGGUGGUAAGCAGUGUGUCAUCCUCCCCUCGACAAACCAUGGACUAUGAUGAUGAAGAGACAGAUUCCGAUGAAGAUAUUCGGGAGACAUAUGGCUAUGAUAUGAAGGACACUGCCAGUGUAAAGUCUUCGAGUAGCUUGGAACCCAAUCUCUUUUGUGAUGAAGAGAUCCCCAUCAAAUCUGAGGAGGUGGUGACACAUAUGUGGACAGCGCCAUCAUUCUGUGCUGAACAUGCCUAUUCGUCUGCUUCAAAGAGUUGUUCUCAAGGUUCUAGUACUCCAAGGAAACAACCCAGAAAGAGUCCUUUGGUGCCCCGAAGUUUGGAGUCUCCAGUGUUGGAGUUAUCAGCUGGCGCCAAAGCUCAAUUAGAGGAACUUAUGAUGGUUGGUGAUCUCCUAGAGGUGUCUCUGGAUGAGACUCAACACAUCUGGCGGAUCUUACAGGCCACACAUCCACCUUCUGAGGACAGAUUCCUGCAUGUCAUGGAGGAUGACAGUAUGGAAGAGAAACCAUUGAGAAUAAAAGGAAAGGACUCUUCUGAGAAGAAGCGAAAGCGGAAACUGGAAAAAGUUGAGCAGCUCUUUGGAGAAGGGAAGCAGAGGUCCAAGGAACUGAAGAAACUGGACAAACCAAAAAAGAAGAAGUUGAAGAUGAGUGUAGACAAGUCAAAGGAGUUGAACAAAUUGGCCAAGAAACUGGCAAAGGAAGAGGAAAGGAAGAAAAAGAGGGAGAAGGCUGCUGCAGCCAAGGUUGAACUUGUAAAGGAAAAUACUGAGAAGAAGAGGGAGAAGAAGGUGCUGGACAUCCCUUCAAAGUAUGAUUGGUCAGGAGCAGAGGAGUCCGAUGAUGAGAAUGCAGUUUGUGCAGCACAGAACUGCCAGAGGCCUUGUAAGGACAAGCCCUCUCAAUCUUAUCUCCUACAGGUAGACUGGGUACAGUGUGAUGGUGGCUGCGAUGAGUGGUUUCAUCAAGUCUGUGUGGGUGUUUCUCCAGAAAUGGCAGAAAAUGAAGAUUACAUCUGUAUAAACUGUGCAAAGAAGCAGGGGCCAAGUAGCCCAGGACAGGCACAACCUCCUUCUUUCAUAAUGAGCUACAAGCUUCCAGUGGAGGGACUGAAGGAGGCCAGCUAGCAGAAGCUUGGUUAGUUUAGAACAUGAGGGAAAUGGACCACACUGAGACCCUUUUCAUCAAGGGAGGGUGGUUUGGAUCUGCUCAGAGUUGUUGCUUCCAAAGACGAAUGGCCUACAGCAGAGAAAGCCCUCCUCGCUUUUUCUAUGCAGUGGGACUGUGUGAGCCACAUACUGUACCAGCCCAUCUAUGCAGAGAUGUCUUCUUUGGUAUUCCAGCCGUUAUCUUAACUGAAGUGUUUCUCGUGAGUGUGGUGUCCUGCAUUGUGUUCAGAGACUUGAUUGAGCAGUAGGGUGGCUUAUAUAGCUGGGGUGUGGAGCUGGCUUGGGGCCUGUAGGCAUUAGCUAGAGAUUCGCAACUUAAUGGCAGCACUAUUUGUAGGCAUGUAUGGAACCAGAGUGCCUUGGGCCUGCCUGAAUGGGACAGCAAGAUAGUCAGAAUACCUUAGUCCCCUUCCACUAUUUCUAAGCAUUUAAUAUUCUACAGCUAUUGAAGGGAGGGCAGAUCUGCAGGUUCUGUUAGAAGUCAGGUGGAAAAGCAGCAUAUUGCAAACGUCAGUUCCUAGUGCUUGUUUGUACCAAAAAAGAAAACCUGGAGCUUUCCUUCAGCUGGGGCAGACCACCGAAUGUGGAGAAUACCAUCUCAAUUCAGAUGUUUGGUUAGGCUGGAUCUUGGAAAGAAGAGCGUUUCUUAUUUCCUCCAAGAGCAACAGCUUCUCUUAUAGAGACUGGCUUUGAGGAUUCCCAGUAUCCUGGGCCUACGUAUUGGAAAGGAACAACUACAUGGACCCAGGAUUCUGCACAAAGAAAAAGAAAAAAGGCCAGAUGGGUUGUCUUGCAGAGCCACAGUGGUGCAUGCUUUUGGCAUAACAUCCUUUUACAAGUAUUCCUGUCAUCACCAGGCUUUAGGCAUGAUCAUAAGCAAGACCACCAUGUAACUGCUCACCUUGUAGUCCUGACCCAUAAUCUACCAUUCUAAACACUGGCUAUUUCAGAUUCUGGCCUAGAAGCAGCAACAGAUGAUUCUGAGUCAUGCCCUGGCUUCAUCAGAAGAUGUAGGAUUAUGGUACCUCUAGGUGAUGAGGUCAUUUUAGUCAAUCCAUUUUUAAAGAAAAGAACUUGUUUUUACUUUUUUCUAAAUGUCUCUGACUACUGACUGUUCUAUAAAUAGAUUAUUUUUCCUUUUUUUAAUAUACAUAUAUAAAUAUAUAUUUACCACUAUUACCAGCAGCAUACAUACAGUUUUCCACCAUCAAAAACCCAUUUGGGGGCUUGUUUUUUGUUUUUGCUUUUUGCUUUUUAAAAAGGACCUUCAUUCCUUCCUUGUAGUACAAGGAGUAAGCAGUCACCUUUUCCCAAACUAGGCUAACUAGACCUUCCAUCAUCUUGCCUGUGUUCAAAUAGGUAAUUGCAUUUUCUUCAUAUGUUGGGAUUUGUCCCUGUCUUUGGGGAAGUGCUGGUUUCACUUUAGUCUAUGCUGUUUUUGUAUGUGAAUGUCUGAAGCUGGCCAGGGUGCUGUAUUCUCUUCCCUCCCACUGUGUUUUCACUUCUUGUACAGAUGAUAGGUGAGUUGUAGAGCAGAGUCUACAUAGAAGAUGAGCUGAGAUUUAACAAAACAAAAAAAAAUUCUUACUAAAAAUAGUGUUUUGUCUUUGACUGUUCUGCGUCUCUUCUCUGUGUCCUAAAAAUACUGAUAUAUUACGUUUUAGCAGUUGAACUCAACAGUAUCUUGAAAAGACCUUACGAACUACUCCUCUCUAUUUUGCCUCAUUCUGUUUAAUAGGAAACUAGUGGCUCCUACUGUCCAAUUAUCAUUUGAGUCCAUAUAAGAUGACAUAAAACUAAUUUUAUAAAAUCUGGUCUCCAUGACAUUUUCCAUUGCAUGCCUUCUUUCCUAGUCAUUUUUCUCCUUAAUGCUAUCAUUUUUUAUUCUUGUGAAUUAAUGGUUCAUAUUUUGAGGUUUUUUCAAUUCCCAAAUAAGGAAAAUAUAGUUGUGGGUCAAGAUUUGAUAGAUGAACAUUUUAUUUUUAAAAUAUUUCUUUAUUAUGAAUUUAAUAAUCAUCAACAUAUGUGGAUAUUUUACAGUUAGUUCAUACAUGAGCUGUAUCAGUUUUGUUCCCUUCUGUCAAUAUAGGCUAUAGAAGGAAUAAAUAAAAUAUCUUAUGAUUAAUUGAAGAUAAUGAAUACAGGAAUAGAAAAUAAUUCUGAGAAUUGAGAAUAUGAGAGAAGUCCUAUCAGUGGCCCUCUAUGUAUAAAACAAAAAAUUCCUGUGAUUAUUGAUGUCUCCAGGUUGGACAGUGGCUGCUUAGGGAUGCAAAUUUGCUCUGAUUUCUCUUGUGCUGCUCUCUAGAAUUCAGCUCUUUGGAGCAGGCUAUAAAAAUGUCUGCUAUAGUACUUGUUGAAGUUUUGUGCCCUUUAAAGUGGUGGGUCAACAAGCGUGGCUAUCUGGAGUGUGAUUUCUGUCCGUAGGUGUGUAUGUGUUGGGGGAUUUCCCCCAGAAAACUCACAAGAAACAAACUAGCCUCCACCAAUGUAUAGUUCCCUGCUAAAAGGCUAACAUAGACAUCAUUUGAUAUUUAAAAAAAAAAUUAUAUUCCUUCAUUUAGAACUAUGAGGUUAUCACUCAAGUAAAAUCUGAGAGUUUGGCUUAAUUAUAUUACAGAUUGGGCCUCCAGGAUUGGGAAGCAAAAAGUAAGGAUAAAAAUGAAUGUUAACAUACCAAACUGCAAUUUUUGGGAGGUGUAAAGGAAUUGAAAGCUAAAAAAUGUCUGUAUUUUUAUAAAGCAUAAUUUUAAAAAAGAAACUACUCACUGAUAUUACAGCUUCAUUCCUCAGCACUAUAGAUAGUUUGGUAUCAAAGCUUGGUUUUUAAGUGGUUGCCAACAGAAAAUGGCAGUUCAUCAUAGUUGAGCUUUUGCAUGUUUAUUGCUUUUCAAAGGCAGAUGUCAUUGCAAACCAUUUUGAUGAAGGUUAUGGAAAGUGAUGAAAAAAAAGUUAAAAAAUGAAAAUAACAGUUAAAAAAAAACACACUGGAGGUUAAUGGACCUGUCAGAUUGACAAGAAGAUUUUAGCUAUUGCUUCAGUUCUGUUCUUACUUGUUUUAGUACUACAAAAUGUUCUGUUCGUAUACUCUUUAGAAUUUAGAUGCAAAACAGUACAUUGAAAGGAUACUUCUAUAAGUUAGUAUCCUAAACAAGAAAUAAGUGAGUGAAUCAGCUCAUACUUGAAAUUGGUCAAGAUCUCAUUCAUUCAACAAACAUUAUUGAAGACCUACCAUAUGCAAGGCUAAGAGAGUUCAUGGACCUUAUAGUUUAGUUAUUGAGAUGAGAAAUAUCUGCUUGUUAGUACAGGAUAGAAGGUGAAAGUACAGUAAGAGGUAUAAAGGGAUACCUGGAGUUCAGAAGAAGGAGAUUUGCUCCCAGAUCUCGAACCUUUAUUUUGAGAAACAAGGAAAAGAAACUUAGGAAUUACAUUCCCAGGGAAGAUGAUUGAUUACCUACUUUUUUUUUAGAGGGUUGGUGAAAAUCAAAGUUUGAAAGCUGAACGUUGUGUUAAAAGUGAAACUGUUAAAAAACUUAUGUCAACUCUUGACAUAUUUAGAAACUUGCUGUUGCAAGUUUCCUUGACUGCCAGAUUGACAAGAAAAAUCAUUGGUUUGAUUUAUUCUCUACUGUUUGAUGUUUUUUGUUCUAUUUCGAUUCAACAAACAUUUUUAAUCACCCCUUCAAAGACAAUGUAGUAGGCAAUGGCUACAAAAAUAAAAGUCCUUUCUAGGUGGGAGCUUACAGUUUGGUA